AUGAGAAAACUCUUGAACGCACAAACAAUCAAAUCGGGCAGCAAAUUGUUGAGAAAUAAUUCAUCAUCAUCAUCAGCCUGUUUAUAUCAUGAAAGUAAACAAGUUUUAAAUAACAGCAGCGCUGCUGAACAAAAUUCAACAACACAUUUUGGAUUUAAAACUGUGCUUGAAUCGGAAAAGGAAAAAUUAGUUGGAGGUGUUUUCCACAAUGUUGCUAGUCGUUAUGAUAUUAUGAAUGAUUUAAUGAGCGGAUCAUUGCAUCGUGUUUGGAAGGAUCAACUUAUUGAAUAUCAUUAUAAACCACAAGCUGGUGGAACUUAUUUAGAUGUUGCUGGUGGUACAGGUGAUGUUGGUUUUAGAAUUGUAGAAGCUUUGAGAAGAAAUUCUCCUCCUGGAGUUAAGAGUAAAGUUAUCAUUAGUGAUAUCAAUCCAUCAAUGUUGCAAGUCGGAAAGGAUAAUGCUGCUAGAUUGAAAUUGUCUGAAUCUUCUCCUAAUGUUGAGAUUGAUUGGUUGGAAGCUAAUGCUGAAGAUUUUACUUCAAAGAUUGAAAGUAAUUCUGUGGACGGAUAUACCAUUUGUUUUGGUAUUAGAAAUUGUACUCAUAUUGAUAGAGUUUUGAAGGAAGCUUAUCGUGUAUUGAAGCCAGGUGGCUGUUUCUGUUGUUUGGAAUUUAGUGAAGUUAAUGAUGUCAUUGUUAAACAAAUUUAUGAUUGGUACAGUUUUAAUGUCAUUCCAAAGAUGGGUGAAUUGGUUGCAAAUGAUGCUGAUUCAUACCAAUAUCUUGUUGAAAGUAUUAGAAAAUUCCCUAAUCAAACUAAAUUUAAGGGAAUGAUUGAAGAAGCUGGCUUUAAGAAUGCCAGAUAUACCAACUUGACAUUUGGUGUUGUUGCUAUUCACUCUGGUAUUAAGCUCUAAAUAAAAGGGUAAAAAUAUGAGGUUGUUCUG